GCUUUGAAGUGUCGUCCCCUCCGAAAAAGAGGAGGAAACACAGAAACCUAGAAAGCUUUCCGUAUAUUACCUCUCUCUCCUUUCUUUCCUUUUUCUUUCAUGGCCAAAAUGGAAUCAAUCAGCUUCUCUCUGGCCAUCACCAGAUCUUCCUGAUUCUGCAUCUUCUUCUUCUUCCUUCUACUUUAUAUUUUCCCUUCUUCUCUUAAUCAAUCGAAAUGGCUCAAUCCUGCGUCAAGAUCGCUCGAACCAACAAUCUCAGGAACCUAGUGAACCGUAGGGUAUUGAUUCUCCGUCGAUUCACGCGCAUUCUCUUGAGCAGAAUCGUCCCUUGCGCUCCCGGUAAAUCACAGAGUUAUUUAUUGCUGUCACGCGCCGCCACUCCGUCUCCGAGUGUCUCUCGUUCUCUCCCUCCUCCGGUCCCCGCCGUUGAAGGUGAGGUCGCACGCCGCACAUCGGUACAUAACCACGAUGGCAGCAACCGGAGAUCGGACUCUGAUCUGGUUUCUCUAAAAAUAAGCCUCUUAGGAGAUCCCGAGAUCGGAAAAACUUGCUUCCUGGCGAAGUAUGUUGGUGGAGAGAAACAAGUUGAAAUGAGAGAAUUGGAGAAAGGGAUCCAUUGUACGGACAAGACGUUAUCCAUGGGAGGAGCUCGUAUUUCCUACAGUAUCUGGGAGUUACAAGGAGCUGAGAAAUCACGGGAUCUAGUCCCCAUGGCUUGCAAGGACUCUGUAGCCAUUCUCUUCAUGUUCGAUCUCACCAGUCGUUGCACACUUAACAAUGUGAUUAGCUGGUAUCAACAAGCUAGAAGGUCUAAUCAGACCGCGAUUCCAGUUAUGGUAGGAACAAAGUUUGAUGAGUUUAUUCAGCUCCCUAUCGAUCUGCAAUGGACUAUUGCUAGCCAGGCGAGAACCUAUGCCAAGGCGCUAAACGCGACUCUCUUCUUCUCGAGUGCUUCUUACAACAUAAACGUAAAUAAGAUCUUCAAGUUUGUGACCGCGAAGCUCUUCGACUUACCAUGGACAGUGGAGAGAAAUCUCACCAUCGGAGAACCAAUCAUCGACUACUAGCAUCUUCCAAAACCUAUUUGUAGAUAUAUCUAAUAUAAAACAAGUGAAUCCGAUGAUAGUUUCUUUUGUUUCAUUCACCGCCGUGGGGUUGAUUGGAGCACAGUUUCUAGCCGUUUUUAAA